AUGCCUCGCUCCUCGAGACCACCCACGACGGGCUACGAGCGCCUAGCUCAAGCCGACGCCCUCUCCUCCGACUCCGAAGACGACGAUCCUCUGACCCAGUCCUAUGCGUCGCUCCAGCCACCGUCGGCCCCUUGCUUCGCCCCCAUCUCCCAACCGCGCCCCCGCUCCGGCAUGACGACCCCGAAACCUGUUACCAUAUCUUCUUCCGGCCCCUCGAGACCGAGAAACCGCCGUCGCGUCGGCAGCAACUCCGGUAUCGACGUCAAGGCUAUCAACGCCCGUCUCGAGCGUUGGGCCGAUGAGAUCGCCAGCCGAUUCAAGCGCGCCAAGGGCCGCGGCAAGGUUGGCGAGGAAGAACGUCUGGAGAUCCACCACUCCGUCUUUCAGGCUCCCGAGGGCGUCCGGCCCAUUACUCCGGAGAGCCUGGCCGCGCCUCAAGAUGUCAUGACAAAGUCUCAGUUUGAGGAGAUAAUCGGCAACGUUAGGCAGGCAAUUUUGCAAGGGACGCAUCCGCGCAUGAUCUCCCAGGGAAGCUCUGGCAGCUACUUUGCUCGGAAUACCGAAGGGAAGGUUGUGGGUGUCUUCAAGCCCAAGGACGAGGAACCGUACGCAGCUGGUAACCCCAAAUGGAACAAGUGGAUUCACCGGAACUUGUUCCCGUGCUGUUUCGGAAGAGCCUGCCUCAUUCCCAACCUCUCAUACGUUAGCGAGGCUGCUGCGUACACUCUCGAUUGUCAACUACGCACACACAUGGUACCGUACACGGACGUAGUAUGGCUCUCGUCCAAAUCGUUCCACUACCCCUUCUGGGACCGUCACAACUACUAUCGCAAACAAAAACCUCUCCCAGAAAAGCCAGGAAGUUUCCAGGUCUUCCUCAAGGGCUUUAAAGAUGCCAACGUGUUCCUGAGAGAACACCCGUGGCCAGACCAGUACUGGUCCGGGUUCAGGGCUAACGACCCGCACCGCAAACGGAGGAGGAGAUGGGCGGAUAACUGCCGCCCCAGCAGCGGUGCAGCGCUAGACGACAUCGAGAGCGACGACGAAGAAAGCAGACAGGAAGAAUUGCCCCUAGGGCCCGACAACUUCGUAUGGACCGAGUCGCUCAAGCAGUCUUUUCGCGAAGAACUGGAGAAGCUGGUCAUUCUUGACUACAUCAUGCGAAACACAGAUCGCGGUCUUGACAACUGGAUGAUCAAGGUGGACUGGAGCACACAGGAAGUCUCAAUCGCGUCAGAACCGCUCCAGAUGCACAUGGAGACGGGCCCAUCUGAGGAAGACGGCCCGCGGCCGGUAGAUUUGAGCCAGCGACCAUCGCCAAACCGGUCUUCAUACCCCUACAAGACGCAGCAGCCAAUGCAGGCAUCGAGCCCCUUGCCCAGAACGCAAGACCCUAAGAUUACGAUCGGUGCCAUUGACAACUCACUCUCCUGGCCCUGGAAACAUCCAGACGCAUGGCGAAGUUUCCCCUUUGGAUGGCUCUUCCUACCUGUCGACCUCAUUGGCCGGCCGUUCUCGCAAAAGACGCGAGAUCAUUUCCUCCCUCUGCUGACAUCGACACACUGGUGGAGUCAGACGCAGCUGGCGCUGCGGAAGGUGUUCCAAUUGGAUCCCGAUUUCCAAGAAAAGAUGUUCGCUCGGCAGAUCGCCGUAAUGAAGGGACAGGCAUGGAACGUCGUCGAGACGCUCAAGACGCCGGAUCAUGGCCCGCUGGAGCUCACUCGCCGCGCCAAGGUUUGCGUUUGGGACGACCUCGUCGACGUGCCUGUCGCCGUGCCCAUGCGCGUCACGUCCGCCGAGAUGAUGCGCCACGAAGCAGAGCUCCGCCGGUCCAUUGACGAGGGCGACAUUGGCGAGGCCAACCCAUCCAACGCGCCCCCGCACCGCGUCGACGAGGACCUGCUCGGUUUGGCGAGUCCCCCGGCCGACAUGCCUCAUCCGGGCAGGUUCGAGCUCGCGAUGAGUCCGACGGGCGAGGGCGCCCAGUCACCAGACGAGACGUCGAUGAAUGGCUCUGGGAUCUUGGCGUCGUCGGCGCCUCUGGGUAAGGAACAAACGGUGCAGAGACCGAAGUUCUCGGGUCCCGCACACCGUGAAAGUUAUCACGGAUCUCGAGCUCUGAACAUGUACUCGCCCGCCCGUCAGCAGCAGUCACAACAGCGACGCUACUCGUUCGCAACAGCCACGGGACGACGCAACGGCAGCAGCAUCGCCCAGCAGCUGUACGGAGGCCGUCCGAGCCAGGAAAAUGACGACGAAGACGGCGACCUCGAGGAGGGCGACCUGGGCUAUGCGGCGGCGGAGGGAAUGGAGGGGAACCAACGCAAGGUUAUUGUGGAGAGGCUGGAGCCGGUCAAAGCCAGGAACCCGGUUUUCACCUGUUGGUGA